AAUUUUGUAAUCUUUUUGUACUUUUGAUCCUGUUUGUGGGCUUUCAUGGUUGUUUUAUAUUUUGAAUGGUCACUUUAAUGUCUAUUUAUGUUUUUAUUACUUAGAGUGGUUGGUGUGUGGCGACCCAAGGAAUGCUGAGUGCUUUUCCUUUUUUGUUUUAUUUUCAUUUGUUGUGUUUUAUGAUCUUUUGACAUUACAUCCUGGUAUUUGUGUCUAUCAUGUGGGCUUUAUAUUACAGAAUCAGUAGCAGAGGCGUUAUGGCUCCACAAGCUGCUCUGUAAUGAACCAGUCAGCACUAUCAUUGGCACUUUAUCCAUUGUGUACAAAAGACAGUUAAUUAUUUGUUUUCAGCCCUCUGGUUUUGUUCUUUAUCAGGAUGUUAAAUGUGGUAUUUUGUUUCAGCCACUAGGUGGCCUCACGUUCGUGUUUGCUGCAUGUUGUUGAUAGAGCUGAGUGUAUUAAGUGGUGUGGCUCAAAGCAGGCUUCGCUGUUGUCCUUUUCUAUCGUGUGCGUCCAUUGAAUUGAUGGUUGCGGAGAUUGUUAAGCAUUACUUCCCAAAGAUUGUUGACAUUCACAACUACAUUACUUCCUGCAAAAGGCAGCAGAAAAUCAGCAACUGGAACCUUCUCAACAAGAGGGUGUUUUCCAAGCUGGAGUUUUAUGUCUCAGACGAAGCGGUGGAGAAGAUUGUUUCAAGCAUUCCUGGGGCGAUACUGCCAGUGAUGUUUUUCCUCAAGGAGAAGUUAGAGAAGAAACUGUCAUUUUCAGAUGUAGAAAUUCAAGAGGCUGAAGCAAAACUUGUGGCUGAACUGGCAGAGAUGAAGAUUGCAGAGCCAACAGUGAAUCCGCAACAAGUGACAUUUUUCACAGACAUGAGCCUUUCAGUGACCCGGCAAAUCAUACUGGAAAAAGAACUUCAGGUCCAGGAACUUCAGGAUAUUCUGAAGAACCUUCAGGUGAAAGUGAGCAAGUUGGAGGAGCUGAUUCAAUUGAAGGACAAGCGCAUUGAACAUCUGACAUGUCUUUCAGGGAUGUACAAAACUAAACUACGGCUCGCUAGCCCAUAAGUAGCCACCGGCUUAGCAAAUAAAAGCCUGUUUCUUUUGCCA